CACAAAACGACAUAGUAGUAGUAGUAGAAUCCGAGCUUACGCAGCACCGUAUGCUCCGGGCGAGAGCACGCGGCCUUCUCGUCGGCCGGCGACGAGACCUCAUGGCUGCCCUCCUCUCCUCCUCCUCCUCCUCCUCCGCCUCUGGGCCCACGCCCAAACCCUCGCCACCCUCUACAUCUCCAUCUCUUCCAUCGGCCUCCGCCUGCGCCUCCGCACGGGCGUCGCGCUUCCGCCUCCUCCUCGCCCGCGCCGCCGCGCGCCGCGACCCCGAACCAUCGCCGCCUCCGCCGGCCCCGGAGGAUAAGAAGUCGUUCGCAGUGAGAACCGGAGAGCUGUUCUUGGGUAUGACUGCGAUGUUCGUCCGCGCGGGCAGGGGGACGGCGCCGGUGGAGGAGGUGGAGGACAGAGAGGGGGUGAUAUGGGAGCAGCGACCGGAGGACGUGGAGGCAGAGCGGCAGAGGCAGAGGCGGGAGCUGGCGACGGCGAGCCCCGGGUUCAGCUUCUCAGCCGCCGGGCUUCUCUUCCCUUACCACAUCGGCGCCGCGCAGUACCUCCUCGAGAAAGGCUACAUCACAGAAAGAACUCCGUUAGCUGGCUCAUCAGCUGGUGCCAUAAUCUGUGCAGUGAUUGCAUCCGGGAACACAAUGCAAGAGGCUCUGCAGGUGACCAAGAUUCUAGCUGAGAACUGCCGGAGUAAAGGGACUGCAUUUCGCCUUGAGGCUGUACUCAAGAAUGUUCUGGAGAAGUUUCUCCCAGAUGACCUGCACAUCAGGUGCAACGGAAGGAUCCGUGUUGCUAUUACUCAGUUGUCCUGGAGGCCUACGGGCUUACUGGUUGACCAAUUUGACUCCAAAGAAGAUGUGAUUAAUGCAGUUAUUACAUCCUCUUUUAUUCCUGGAUAUUUAGCUCCCAGGCCUGCAACUUUCUUCCGUAACAGGCUGUGCAUUGAUGGGGGGCUUACAUUGUUUAUGCCACCCACUUCUGCUUCCGAAACAGUUCGCAUCUGUGCUUUCCCAGCUAGCAGACUAGGACUGCAAGGCAUUGGUAUUAGUCCAGACUGCAAUCCAGAGAACAGAGCUACUCCCCGACAGCUGUUCAACUGGGCUCUGGAACCUGCUGAAGAUGAAGUUCUGGACAAAUUGUACGAGCUUGGGUACCAGGAUGCAGCGGUAUGGGCUGAGCAGAAUCCUGCUGAGUCAGUUAUGAAGAAUGAACUACCGCUCGCUACAGAUUGAGAAGGUCGGAGAAUACUGUGGUCCUUUUUUUUCGGGGACAUCAUUGCCUUUGUUUGCUCCCAAAUUGCCCAGUAUUUGGUUCCGCUCAGAGAUUAAGAGCCGAUUCCUGUAAAUUUGUACUAUAAUAUAGUUGCACGAGUGGUAACCUUACGCACAAUGUGGUGAAGUUUUCAGCCCAUUUUCCAUUGAA